AUGACGGUCCGAGGAGGUCCAGGUCGAGGACGAGGUAGGGGAUUAGUCCCACCUCGAGCUAUCGAAGAUAGGGACGUACUAGGAUUCGCCAAUAAGACAGUGGCCAACUCUGGCCCGCCCCAGAUCCAGACAUACUCGAAACUACCUCCGAAUCUGCCGACGAGGGGAGGAAGGGGUAGAGGUGCAAGGGGUGUACCACCCGUUAGAGGUGGACCUUCGUCAAGCAGAGGUGGUUUACCACCUGCUCUCAGGACUGGACCUGCUCCUGGACCUCCAAGCAGUAGAGGUCGAGGAGGGUAUGCAGAUACGUACAGACCUCAUGUCCCUCUUAGAGAAAUUCUGCAUAGAGGUAGAGAGCAGAGUAGAACUGACGAAUGGGCGGAUUAUAGGGAUAAGCAGAAAGAUAGAGAUGGAAACAGAGAAGAGGAUAUGUGGAAUGGACCUUCUAGAUCAUAUAGUAAUGGAAGGGCCGAUACAUAUAGACCUGCUUCACCUGAAACUUCGUCCAAAUCUAGGAGUGUAAGAAGGUAUAGUCCUUCUCAACCUGCGAUACAGGAUAAUUGGUUCUCGCAACCUCGUCCGACUUCAAAUGGAAACGACAGAUUCCAUGGGUCAUCAACAUCAACAUCAACAUCAACAAAUCAUGCUGGACCUUCCGUCUCAUCAUCUUUGAACCAGUCGAAAUCCGAUGUAUCUCGCAAUCAUUCCUACAACAACUUAUCGACAAGUACAAAUACAGAUGCCGGUGACGCCACAAGUCAGCAUAUCGUAUUUUCAUCACCAUCUCUUCCACCUUCCAUACCAUUUGAUCCAACAUUCAAACGUCCUCCUCCAUCUGGUCCCUCAUCCAGCAGACGUGUCAGUCCACCUAUACCAUCCAAUUCCUCCACAGCUAUCCCCCAAGUUCCCGAUAAGGGUAAAAGCAAAGCUAUCAUCGCUCCAACCUCGACCUUACAAAUACCCGAGCCUGCUCCGGAAAUCAGGAAGAUGUCUUUCAAACCUAUCAAUCCUAAUAAUCCUAAACCGAAGGGGAAAGAGAAGCAGAAAGACGAUUCUCCCGUUUCAAGUUCAGCUUCGGUCAGGAUCAAAGCGGAACCUGAUCACCAGCAGCCGAAUGCUGCAGCACAAAUACCGAUUUCAAGUAGGAGUACGAGUACGAAUAUAAGGGAAGAAGAGAUAGAUGUGAAACCGAAUAUCAAGGAGUUAGAGAGGGACGUAGAGGUUCUACAUACUCGUGGAGAAGGAAUAAGGAGAUCAGGGACAUUUGCAUUUACUAAAGCGGAAUUACCAGAUUGUUGGGCUAGGAACCCCACUGAGCGAAGUAAAGCUCGAAUGGCAUUUCGAAAAACUCAGAGAGAAGCGAUGAUCGCUCAGGGGAAGAAGAUUGGUGGGACCCAUUGGAGAGAUGAUGGGGUGGCGUUCGAUUGGACUUUACCGGAUCCCAAUUCCGAUCAGCAGUCGACAGAGACUAAGAGUGAUGUCGUGGAUGCUAGUGAAAGUAUAGAUGGUGUCAGUGCCUCGACUGUACCAUCUACUGCAGCCCCUGGUAGCGCAACUACCCCGGCGAUCGUUUCCCCUUCAUGCCCAAACCCGAUUUCGAGUCUCAAAAGUGAUCUUGCAGCGUCGAAUAUUAGUGGUCCCUCUCGUAUCAUGAUUGCAAUACCGUCAAGCUCAUCCCAAACAAACCAAAUUGUUUCGAGAUCCGCACCUAUAUCGAAAGCUUCGACGAAUGCGACGGCGACAAAUGUACCGAGAACUCCAUCUAAAGUGGCUGAAAGACCGUUAGUGUCAAGGCCAAGCAGCUUAGCAACUUCGACCGAUUUCAGCUCUAGCAACUAUUCACUUACUCAACCCGAAACAGUCACGCAGAAUCGACAGAGGAUCGAAAAGAUUGAUCCCCAAGGGUGGAAGAAUAGGGAAUUCUCAUACUACGAGAUCUUCGAUUUCCCGAAAGAUCUCGCGGGCUCAGAGCGAUCAGGCGAUAAGAAAUCGAUGAAAGAUUGGACCAACAAGGUCAUAGCGAUAGUGUCCAGACCGGAUGGGCAAGGUCGUCCGACACGAUGGGUUAAAUUCAUGAAGCGUGAUGACUGUCAAGAUCUAAUGCUACUUUCGAAGGAUAAAACCCAGAGUGAAAUUGACGAAUAUGAAGGGAAUCAAGUUAUACUUGAUCAAGAUUUAGUUGCGAAUCUGAGACGGAAUGAACAAGUCAACCAGAUAGGCAUGAAACCGCCUCCGACGAGUAAGGCAGAACAAGGAACGAGAAGAAAAUCGGUCUCUAGAGAAGCUGUGCCGUUGACUGAUAAACAGAAAAAGAAAUUGGAGAAGCAAGAGAAGAAGCGAGCGAGAGAAGAACUUGCAUCCGAAGCUGGAUCUAUCAGUGUGGUGGAGACUAGUCCAGCGAAAUCAACUUCGGAAAGACCUUCGAAGAAGAAUAAGAAUAAACAUGCUUCUGUGGACGAUAGUCCGAUUAAGAACGCUAUUGCGAGUGGUAGUGGAUCCAAUAGUCUGCCUACACAUGAUGGGAAUACAACGAAUCAUGUCCCGGAAGCGUCUCUUUCGUUACCUGAUCUAUCAAACCUUCCGGCUACUGCAGGUGCAUCACAUCCCACACCUACAAUAGAGCAAGAUCAGAAACCAUCGGUGACUUCCGCCAAAUUGGAAGAACUCAACUCCUCUUUACGACAGAAAGUAUCUGAGAUUGAAAAAUGGACUAAACUAUCGAAUGAAUUCCCAGACUUGAAAUUGGCCUUGAACACUCAGAUCGAAAAGACCCGAGAGGAGAUAUUCACGUUGUAUGAUGAUAUAGCUGAAGAGAAAGUUAGAUUGGCUGGGUAA